AUGGCGGCAAAUAAUACAGUGGACGAUCUUAAGGUACAAGAUUUGAAAGUCGAAGAAUCGACAACACCAAAACCAGAAGCAACUAGUGGCGCAACUGCAGAAAAACCUGCUAAAGUAAAGAAGGACAAACCCAAACAAGACAAGCCCAAACAGGACAAACCUAAACAGGACAAGCCCAAGCAAGAAAAAUCUAAACAAGAGAAACUUCAAGUUAUGGCUGAAGCAGCAGCACCGGUUGAAGUGCUCGAAUUCAAUCGUUCACCUGAAGAAGUCGAAAAAGCAUUGAAAGAUUGGGCUAAUCAACCCUUAACAGCUAAUCAACGUAAACCUGAUGAAAAAAUAUUACCUAAGUCCGAUGCCAGAAACGUGUUAAUUACCAGUGCGUUACCUUAUGUGAACAAUGUACCACAUUUAGGUAAUCUCAUUGGAUCAUUGUUAAGCGCAGAUGUCUUUGGACGUUAUUGCCGAUUGAGAAAUUACAAUACACUGUACAUUUGUGGUACAGAUGAAUACGGUACAGCAACAGAAACGAAAGCUUUGGAAGAAAAAUGUACACCGCGACAAAUUUGUGACAAAUAUUAUGAACUACAUACCAAGAUUUAUAAAUGGUUUCAGCUGGAUUUCGAUUAUUUCGGACGAACAUCAACCGAUAAACAAACUCAAAUUUCUCAAGAUAUUUUUUGGAAGUUAUACAACCGAAAUCUUGUUCUCAAAGAAAAAGUUGACCAACUAUAUUGUGACACGUGUCAACGUUUCCUUGCUGAUCGCUAUGUAGCUGGUACUUGUCCAGAUCCAGCUUGCCGGUUUGAUGAUGCACGCGGUGAUCAAUGCGAUAGAUGUCAAAAACUCAUCAAUGCUGUUGAACUCAUCGAGCCAAAGUGUCAAAUAUGUCGUAGUACACCACAAAUCAAAACGUCGGAGCAUCUCUUUUUAGAUUUACCUAAUUUAGCACCAGAUGUUCGAAAAUGGUUCGACGAAUCGGUUAAAACGGGCCAUUGGACAAACACAGCGAGUGCUAUUACCGAAGCUUGGCUGAAUGAAGGCCUUAAACCGCGAUGUAUUACACGAGAUUUGAAAUGGGGCACACCAGUACCUUUAGAAGGUUACACUGACAAGGUGUUUUAUGUGUGGUUUGAUGCACCAAUUGGUUAUCUCUCGAUUACAGCAAAUUAUACCGAUGAAUGGGAAAAAUGGUGGAAACAACCGGAUAAAGUUGAAUUAUUUCAAUUCAUGGCUAAGGAUAAUGUUCCAUUUCAUUCCGUUAUCUUUCCAGCUUGUCUUCUCGGAUCACAAGAUAACUAUAAUGUUGUUAAUCAUCUUUCAGGCAUUGAUUAUCUCAAUUACGAAGAUUCUAAAUUUUCGAAAAGUCGUGGUAUUGGCGUGUUUGGUGAUCAUGCUCAAGAUACAGAAAUUCCAUCAGACAUCUGGAGAUUUUAUCUCUUAUGCAUACGACCGGAGAGUCAAGACAGUGUCUUUUCAUGGAAUGAUUUAAUGUCCAAGAAUAAUUCAGAAUUGUUAAACAAUCUUGGCAAUUUCGUCAAUCGAGCCAUCGCUUUCUGCGAAAAGAAUUUCAGUGGUAAAAUUGGUGAUGCAUCGAAAUUGGAAACACCACUUGACCAAAUGUUCGUUGCGCAAAUUUCAUACGAAUUGAAUGCUUACAUCGAAGCUAUGGAACGAACUAGACUUCGUGAUGGGCUCAAGUGCGUCUUGCGCAUGUCUCGUUACGGUAAUCAAUAUUUACAAUUGAAACAGCCAUGGGCAAAAUGUAAAGGCUCGGAUGCCGAUCGCACCGAUGCCGAGAUCAGUGUUACUCUUGCGUUAAAUCUUGUUUAUUUACUUUCGUUGGUUCUUCAACCAUUCAUGCCAACAACCUCGAAUGAAAUUCGACACCAACUGAAUGUCGAGCAAACUGUUUAUGCUCUAGAAAACUCUUUUCGUUGUUAUUUGCCCGCUGGUCAUUCGAUUGGACAAGCAGUUCCGUUGUUCAAACGUGUGGAAAAACCAUUGGCUGAUACAUAUCGCGAACGUUUCGCUGGUAAACGCAAUUGA